UAUCAGUUUCAAACAGUUUCUCACCAUGUCUGCCAGCAUGUCAUCCCCUUCUGCUCGCUGCAGAACAUUUACUCUGUUUCCACUUCGCGCUGCCAUAGCAUUUAUGGGUAUACUGGCAAUCCUGUGCCAGUAUAUAUUAAAGGUGACCCUGUCGGUGGCUAUUGGAGGAAUGGUCAAAUCCGUAUCUCAGGAAAACUCUGUGGAUGAAACUUGUCCCCUGCCAGGCUCUGCAAACACAAGCACGUCAAACAUUGAGGGAGGAGAAUUUGAGUGGGAUGAGGUGAUGCAAGGUUACAUACUGUCCUCCUACUACUACGGGUACGCAGGAGUGAACAUAGUGGCUGGUUACGUUGCUGCCCGGUAUAGUGCCCGCUGGGUUUUCACCAUAGGACUGCUCGCUGCCGGUGUUUUCACGGUCUUGGGUCCUGUCUGCGCCAGUGCGAGCCCGGUGGUUUUCAUGAUAACACGGAUACUCGUUGGAACAUUUUCAGGUGUUAUUAUACCAUCAAUGCACGUUCUUAUUGGGAAAUGGUUCCCCGAAAACGAGCGACAAAGACUAGGAGGACCUAUUUUCUCAGCGUCAUACCUGGGCACCGUAAUAUCAAUGGCAUUGUCUGGAACCAUUGUGAAGAACCUGGGCUGGUACUCUGUGUUCUACAUUUUCGGCGGCACCGCAAUAGCUCUAGUGAUUCCAUGUUUGUACUUUGUCUACGAUGAGCCUGAGUCGCACCCUAGGAUCACAGAGAAAGAAAAGGACUUUCUUUUGACUCACACUGGUAGAGAUCUGACAGAAAGCAAAGAGAAGAAGGAGCUUGAAAAGGAGCAGGAUGAAAUCAUUCGUAACCCGUGGCCCGCCAUUCUGACGUGCCCUGCUAUGUGGACGCACUGUCUAAUUGGAAUUGGAGGAGGGUGGGUCAAUUACACCCUGCUGUCUGAAUUGCCAACCUACAUGGAAAAUAUACUACACUACGACAUCGACGAGGCUGGCCUCAUCUCAGCCCUGCCUUAUCUAUUUGGUUGGAUGAGCUGCAGUAUCUACAGCUUUCUGACAGAGAAAUUAACACGGAGAGGAGUGCACAUUAUGACCAUCUUCAGAGCAUGGGACGCAGUAUCUUGCAUCGGGCCUGCGAUCUGCUUCCUGGCGCUGACCUUCAUCGACUGCGACGUGCCAGCCAUCAUCACGCUGUUCGUCUUCACCAUGGUGUUCCGCUGUGCCAUUUACGGCGGCUCCUACCUCAACCACAUCUAUCUGUUCCCUCGCGCCUACGGAAGCGCAGCUGGUCUUUAUCUGACUCUGGGCAACUCCACAGGGAUCAUCACUCCGAUAGUCACCAGCGCUUUUGUAUCAGGCCGGGAAACAAUACAGCAGUGGAAAUACGUCUUCUACGUGGCGAUGACAAUUUCAUUUAUACCGUAUUUCGUGUUCCUCAUUUUUGGUUCUGUUGACAAUCACGAAAUUAAAUGGGAAGAGCGCAGAGAGAAGAGGAGGAAACAGAAGACGGGCCCAUAAACAUGACUCCGAAUUAUGCUGACACUGUGUACUUCAAACGAGGUAGCAAAACGCCGCCGAAACCUGUAUGAAAAUAAUUGUCUUCUGUCCAGAUGCAUUUAUUAGGAGGAAUUCAGUGACGUCAAAAGGAUGUCGUCGUCACUGAGUGACUGAAUAUUAAUCCAGUACACGUGAAAAGCAACAAUUCUUAUCAGUCUUUGUCAUUAAUAAUACUUUUGUAACAGUUACGGUUCUGUAAAUUAGUGCUUUGUUUCUGCAAAAGUUAACAGCGAUGUGAGCAGAUCGAGAUGAAUGUAUCAAGCAGUGACAGAAGAGCACGCUUAAAAAUGUACUGUUGUGGUACUGGCACAUCCGUACUUUCGACAUAUUCUCUAAUACUAGAGUAAAUGUUCGUGAAUUGUUGUCAAAAAUCUAGUAUUAUGUUCUUUUAGUAUACUUGUAAGAAAAGCUAUGAGAAUCUCCUCUGCAUUGCAAAUAUCGUAGCUGAGCCAGUCUCUUUAUAAUUCGAUUACCACUGUUCCUUCGAGACUGGGAUACGAUGCUGUAAAAAUUGAUAAAUAAGGACGAAGCACUCGUAAAAUUCUGCUAUCAUUCAUAAUCUGAGUUAUAAGUCUUUCACUACAUAAAAUGAAAUUACCCGCGCCUAUAUGCUAACGCAGAAAAAUGGGUUACCCUUGUGUUUAUUGUUCUGAAUUACCUUAUUGGGAAUUUGUGAGAUAUUUUUGUGAGCUCUACAAUACUCCCUUUUCUUUGAUGUUCAGUGAUGUAACUAAACGAGCGAUCAAAAAAUUUCCGUUCGAAGGCCGUAUAGUUCAGAAACGGUAUGCCAAUCAGGCAAAACCGCCGUGAACCCUGAGGCAAUCAUGCACCAGGUUGAAGAUAAGUAUUUGAUGAAACCCUUGUCCUCCUACUGCGUGAAGUAGUCCGUAACUGCUUGCUGCGCAUCAUCGUCCGGCAGGAAUCGUCAACCCUUGACAAUCUUUUUAAAGGGACCGAAGGCGCGAUAAUCGCAUGGAGAGUGAUCAGGACUCUAUGGCAGGUGAUAGUGUCUUCCACUUGAGUUAGCGUUUCUGUGUUACGAAACUCCGAUGUGGAUAUGUGCGUUAUCAUGGAGCAACAGCAGCUGUUGUAGCCGUUUUCCCAGACAUUUUGCCUUAAUUGUAAGCCGCAAUUUCUCCAGCGUUGCGCAGUACCGUUCCCUAAAGUUGGAGACACCAAGUCCCUUGAAAUCGAUAAGCAAUCCCAGAUCGAAUGACGACGAGCACGGAACUUGGCACACCAUUCCGCAAGGGAGGUUUUCGACAGACAUGCUGUCCGAUGCACAUCCUUCAUUCUCCGAUGGAUGUCUACCAGUGUUUGUCCUUCGGCAUCCAAGAAAAAAACAACUUCCCGUCGGUCCUGUCUGUACGCAUUUACUAAUAACGUCGCCAUAGUUCACGUUUCAACGUUUAUCGCACGCAUAUCGGAAAGUCAUGAAUGCACACACUAAUCCCUUGCUUACGAGUCGAGGGGUAUAUAAAGGCAUCGGAGUCGCGCUACGUUGCGUAUAUGCUGCACCAACGCCCUCAAACGGAAAUGUUUUGAUCGCCCCUUACAUAUCGCAAAAGAAAUAUGCGUAGCAUUAUAUAAAUUUCAGACCUGUGAACACUAAUUCUUCCAGGAUUUGAGCUCUACGCCCUACGUUUAACAAAAACAGUCACUUAACAGACGUUGAAUCGCGUAUAAUGAACCAACAGUACGAAUAUCUGACAAAAUCCACAAAUGUGUGAAAGAGUAGUUGGUUACAUCCGUCAGCUAAUGAAAUUAUUUCAUCGAUUAUCAACACUUCUGUUCUCAGGUUUUCAGUUCAGAGCGAAUGUCAAAAGCUUUACGGGAGUCUCGUUUUCGAUUGCCUUUCUACUUGUACCUAUAGGUACAUGCCACUCAGGUUUCUCCCUUCUGUUUUAUUCUGUGGCAUUGAAAAUGACGCCAGCAGGUUUAAAGAGGGCAUAGUAAUUGCCUAUCCACACAAGCGUAAUAUAUUCCUUCUGCAACCCACAAUUUUAUUACGACUUUUGAGACUGAAGGUUUUUGUUAGCAAAGUUAGGAAAUAAGCAAGAGUUCAUGUGACUCAAAAAAUAGUUUUAGACUACCAGUAACACUCAGAUAAAGCCAUUAGUUUGUUACCAGACAUAAAAUAAACUUAAAUCUUACAAUUUGUCUGUUUAUGAUUGUACAACAUACUGUACAAUAAUUUAAUUGAAAUGUGGAAAUUAAUUAACAUUUUCUCAAUGUGUUUUUCAUUUCAGAAGUUAGCAUUUCAGUACUUCUUCAUAGUAAAAAUUGUAUUUGCUGUCGCAGAUUGACUGACUUGCGAGAUAUAAUAUUUAUUUCUUAGGUGUAAAUAUAAGAGACUAUCGAAAAGUAUGAAACUAUAAACUAUCAGUAUUGUUAUCUUCAUCAGAAAGGAGUUUUCUAUGAAACAGUUAUUAAGAAUUAAAUUAUUCAAACGUUCUUCAUGGAUAAUAUCGCAAAUGUAAUAUUGUAUUUAAGAUUACCACCCAAAGUGACUCUUUAAUCAUAAGAACACAAUUUAGUCUUACAAACAGUAAAAAUGUCUCAAAGACAUAAAUAAUACCGCUCUAGUACCAUUUAUGAGUU